ACUGUCCUGCAGGGUGACCAUGUCGGAGGCCAGGUGGGGGUUGUAGCUGGAGUAUCUGCUGUGCGGUGCGUCUGCCGAGGCAGUGUUGUACAAGUCCAGCAUGAACAUCGGGGCUGCGGUGUGUCUGCUUUGGACGUGAGUGGGUCGCGGGCGACGAGGCAGCCCCAAGAUGGACAGGAUCUCUCGCUGCAUGUCCCUGCGCUCCUGGCUCCUCAAUCGGCGCUGGAUGAAGCUGGAGCGCACCUCGUUAUCCGUAGAGAAGUUGGAGAAGGAGAGUCCACAGCUCCACGUCGUGACAAAAAUCAUGAUAGUCCCCAAGGCGCAUCGGAGCCAGAAUGUGGCCAGAGGAUUCUCGAUGUGGACACAGCCCAUCAGCAGAAACUUAGAGAGAGAGACAGCAUUUCUUUGAGGAAAUCUUCCAGCAUGAUGUGGAUGUCUUCCUAUCCUCAGCACAUCUUUCUUUUCGAGACUACACAAGACCUCCCAUCGGGAGCAUCUCGUCGAUGGAGGUGAAUGUGGACUUGCUGGACCAGGUGGAGCUGAUUGACAUCUCUGACCAGGAGGCUGUGGAUGUGUUCUUGAGUGCUGGGGGCAAAGACAACAUCCUGAACUCCACAAUGCCUGUGAAUGGAAACACCCCUGAGGGAGCAAUCACCAAUGAGCUCUUUCGACAUGUCAUUGAGGGUCUUGACCUGAAAUCUCUCACGUCCUCCACAUUUUCAAACUCCUCUUGUGAGAGUCAGACUAACAAUGCUAAUAUCCAAAACACUUGUGGGGUGGUGCAGCAUAAUCAAGGUGCACACAGCAGCACAAUCAAGCAGACAGCAGCUCCCCCAAAGAUGGAGGCGAAGGGAGCACAGAGGGAGCUGAGUAUCGGAAUGAGAUGCCAUUUUCUGCAUGUCAAGUGA